AUGGCGGAACGUGUGAGGCAUAAUCUGCUGGCUUACACCGAUAAUGUGGACGUGGUGGCUGGACCGGACUCCUACCGUGACUUACCGCGACUGUUAGCUGUGGCUCGUCACGGCAGCAUGGCGAUAAAUGUACAGCUAUCGUUAGAUGAGACUUAUGCUGAUAUACCCCCCGUUCGGGCAGAUCGUUCAUCCAGAACAGCUUUUGUGUAUGUUCCGCUCACUUUGUAUAUUCUUUUCUAG